AUGUCCUCGUUGCUGGAUCAUGGAUCUAUCAGGACUGCAGCUGUGGAGAGAGUGGUUGCACCAAUUGCAAGUCAUUUAUGUCACUUGGUGCUGCUUUGCGACAGCGCAGAAGAGCCAGAACAAUUCAGCCAGCUGGAGGGGGCGGCUCAGGCAGUGGCUAAAGCGACUGAGAACAUGGCAGCCGUGGUCUCCAGGCAAAUAAGUGAGACAGAUGAUGAGGUUUUGCACAAGGAGAUGUCACCUCUGCUUGAGCCGUUGAGUUUGUCUGGACAGCAUGUGCUGCUAGCAGCUCAAAAGCUAAGCAUCCAGCCAGGUUUGAGCGAGCACAGAGAGGAGCUCAUCAUCGCAACCCAAAGUGUCUUCCUGGGAGUAGUCAAAGUUCUAUUGGUGAAUGACGAUGCUAGUGUAAGAAGAGUUGUUGCUGCAGCCGAUCAAGUGUUGGAGAGCCUGCACCAGAUUGGCUCCUCCUCAGACAUCAAGUCUCUCCUCAGGUCCUUCCAGGUGUUUUCUGAAGUUCUGCUUCACCUCAACAGACUCACAACGGACAGAGCAAAUUCCUUGCAGGAUCCAGGGCAAACAAAGCAGCUUCUCAACGCUUUGGAAACUCUGAGGAGGUGCAUCUCUAUGCUGCACACAGCUAUGUGCACAACUAUCAAACAUCCUACAAGUGAACAGGCCCAAGUAGCCAAGACAUAUAUUUUAGAGAAGGUACAAAGCACAGUCAGAGAUAUCACUGAAACUCUCAUGAGUGACAACAACAGAAGACCAAUGGGACCCCGUGGGUAUUAUACUAUUAGGCAUGAGAGUCUGUUGCAAUUACUCACUAGUUCCUCUGCCUCCUUGAUGGAAGACAGUGGUUUUGACAGCAUGAUAAGAGAUCUUGUGUUCCACUGCAUGAUGGUUGCAAACUCUACUCAAAGGGAGUGUCAGCAAAGAGUGGUGAGCCACUGUCGCCAUAUACUGCAGUUCUGGUCUGACUUAAAAUUCAUUUUAAAGUACUCAGAUCAUUUGGAUCAUUCUGAGGGGAGCUUUGAGAAGACCUGCACUUUGUUGGUCCAACAAAUACAGAUGCUUGACAAAGAGCUGAAAACUACGAUUCUUUAUCAAGUCAUGGACAUGUCUCUUGAAGGAUCUUCUAUAGUUGAUAAACUACUAUGUUUGACAAGAAAAAUAUUGGUUGAACAUUGUGAGGCAGAUGUGGAUCUCACAUUUGUUCAGUCGAUAGUUGAGGAUUUCAUAUCCCAUGCUGAUAGAAUUACACAGGUAGCUAAUUUCACCUCAGCUAUCGCCGUAGAUUCAAGGAGUUUGGAGAAUGUGGAGAACUCUCGAGCAUGCCUUACAAGACUAAGAGCUCAAAUUGCUCCUCUUUCACUGGAGUUGUCAGAUAACUCAGUGCAAACCAUACAGAAGCUUCAUGACGUGUGUCAGAAAUGGGAGGAGGAGACUUAUGGGUUACUGGAUGCUGUUACUGAUGUAAUGGAUGUCAGGGAGUUCACUAAUCUAGCCAUUAAUGAGAUGGUCAACGACCGUCAUGGAUGUGAUGCUGCAUUCAGGAAACAGAACCAUAAACUGUUUGAUGAACAUGCCAAAAACCUCAUGUGUCACAUGAAGCUGGUGGUCCGCUCAGUGAGAAGGCACUUAGACAGAAGCAGCAACCCAAUCUACAGGAACGGCUUGCUUACUUUGCUAAAGCAGGUUGAUUCAUCUCAAACCAAAUUGGCUGAGUCAGUCAGACACAUGCUUUUUGGUUCCUCUCUAAAUGUAGAGAUAUAUUCUCAAUUUACAGACAAUGCUUCAACGGCCAUUCAGCAUUCAAGGGUGCUCAGAGAAGGCCUGGACGGCCACCAGCAUCCAGAUCUGCUGAGCCCGCUCCGACAGUUAGCACGCAAGCCUGAAAUCACGGAGCCAUUUUUACCAGUCAAAGACACCUGUGGGGUUAACCUUGGCCAUGUGAUGAGGGCCUCUGAUUCUCCUGUUUUUGAAGUUUUGGAGAGGGAUUCUCAAGUCAAACAGGAGGAGGAUCACUCAGAUGUGGAAACCAUAGAAGCAGGACUAGCUCGUAAAUAUGACGGCGAUGAUUUAAAGAUGCCAGCUGUCCCAGCUGAGCCUGAACUGAUCCACAAGCCUCUUGAUUUUAACCUUUUGCCCCUCCUCUAUGAGGUUGUGACUGUGACUAAAGAGAAAGAUGUGUCAGUGCUCAACCAGGCUUGCACUAGUGUUCUUAGGCUGUCCAACUGUUAUGCCCAAGCUGCAAAGGAAGCCUUGGCCAUUGCUGAUGCCGUUGACUCUCAGACACUGGAAAGCUUUAGAGCAGAGCUGGUGUCACUGACUCCCCUGCUUAUCCAGACAGCGCAAGAGACGGCAAUGAGUUCGGUGAUGAGAACCAAGAACAUCUACAAGUACAGCACACAGUUUUCCGAUCUUAUCAACAACAUCCGAAAGGUUCUGCUGCCAGUGGCGGGAACAUGGUAUCAUGCUGCUCAUGCUGAACUGCAAGGGAAUAUGCCAGCUGUGUCAGCUGGAGUUAUACAGGGAUUAAAUGAUGUGAUGACUUUAUCUGCUGAAGUGGUCCAGCUUUUGGCAUCAUCAGAUAUAAACUUACAAACUGAUGGGCAGGAAGCGUUUAGUAUUUUACACAGCAAGCUGAACAAAGCCCAGAACAAUACAAAGGACCUGGUGGAGUUCUUGACCACAGCGGAAAAACAAGGGGAUCAGCUUGACAGCCUUUGUGUCCUCUGGGGUGUUUCUGUUCAGAUUUUAUUACAUUUAAUGGAUAGGAUUUUGGUAACAUCAGCUUCAACAAAACAUCUGAGUUCUCAGAAACAGCUGACUGUGUUGUCUGAGAACUCACUCAGGACCCAAGAGGCUGCAAGGCUCACCAGCCUGAACUCCAAAAGCACCUACAAGUCCAAACAGCUGACGAGCUACCAGAAUGAGUUAAAAACACUAACUGAAAUAUAUCUGAAAGCUGCAGAUGAACUUGAUAUUAUUCCAAAUUUGAUCCAACUUGCAAAAUCUGAAUUCCUUCAGAGACAUCUUCUGAUCAAAAUUAGAGUGCUUUCUGGUCAGUUGAGCAAAGAAAACAAAGAAUAUUCCACUGCACUUGAGAGUUUUGUUAAGAGUGCUUAUUAUGCUGCCGAACAUUUUAGAGGGGCCAGUGCAGAAGAUAUGGAACAAAAAUUUGAAACCACAGCACAAACACUUCUUGAAAAUGUCAAGUAUGCAACCAAUAAAGUGGAGGACUGCCUGAACUACAUCCGUGACCCGCAUUCCCGCUCUAAUCUAAGGUCCAUCAAUGACCACCUGUCUUCUCAGAUCUCAGAAAUAAUCAGCAGGGCAAAGCUCAUCGUGCAGACUCACUACAUUUGUGACCCACUCAGUUUGGAUGUUCACAUACAGUGCUGGUCAGCCAAAGCUCACUAUGUAGUAGAGGAGAUAAGAAAACAAGAUGGAAUUCAUCAGGAGACCAUUGAACACAUCAAGGCUGGUCUACAAGGCAGAGAAUCUGGGGAUAUCAACAAAUUACCAACUGUGACCUGUGGAGUCACAGAGCUGCAGGUUCCUGACACAAGUAGUGCAGUGUUGAAAAAAGGAAACACAAAUUCUGCAGCAGCAGCCAGGCAUGACCCUGAAAUACUGAAAAGAGAUGGCUGUUAUACACCUAAUCCGUACAAAGACGUGUCUUCACUCACCAACACUUCGCUUUAUUUAAAGCAAAGAAGCAACAGCUGGGAUCCCAAAGACAAUAGAAUCGUCCAGGAGACCAGGAAUAUGGCCGACAUAAUAUGUCACAUGACACAGUAUUUAAAGAAGAAAGGGCCAUUAUUGAACAAAGAAGCGUUUGUCUCUGCAGCCAGAGAUGUCAUCUCAAACUGCCAAUCUGUCACUCAGUUCAUCAGAAUUAUUGCGAACCACAGCCUGGAUAAGCAGUGCACGGAGGAACUUUCCCUCAUCAUUGAACAGAUUCUCACCAUCACUAAUCAACUGAGCAUCAUUUCCAGUGUCAAUGCAGUAACUCCUGGGUCCAAAUCUUCUGAUGAAAUCCUUGUCAAAAACGUCCAAAAUCUUCUGCAGACUGUGCUUCGUGGCGUCCAUGCUGCAGAAACAGCCUGUAUUACAGGUCUGAGGCAGCCUGAGCCAAACUCUGACGGUGAAGAGGCCACAGCUCUGUGUUUCCAGUGGAAAAGAAACUUGGAGAUUCAUCGAGCCCAGCAGACCUCUAACUUAGAAACUGAUGAGCUGGGUUUGAGGAAAACGUCAGUGCACCCUUUGGCACCCAGCCUUGCCCCAAAGGUUAACGUCAAGGCCAACAGCUUUAAGCUUUAA